AAUCGUUUCCCGAUGGGCACUCGAUCGCGUUCGUCUAGUUUGCACGAGAAUCAAUCUUUGCGCAUAGAUCCCGUGAGGUGCGAGAGGUGGUAUACAAGGUGGAGUGGCUUAGGUCCGAAAGACUCUAUGUCAGCAGUCCCGAGGUAGGUCUCAAGGCCGUUGCAGGUACUCGAUAUCCGAAUAAUGAGUUACUGCUAAUGAUAGAUUCGAUAUUAUCAUAGAUGAUCAUUGUAAACAGGUUUUGUCAAGAUUCAAGGAUGGCCUUUGUCCUGAGGAAAGUUUUAACUUCUUCUUAGUUGCGAUGUGUAUUAUUCUGCUACAAUUAGGAGAAACAAUAUUUUGUUUUCAUUUUCCUUUAAAUAGAUAUAUGACAUUACAUUUUGUUUUCUUAAAAAGAAAAAUAGCGGAAUCUUUCAAAGAAUUGGAAGAGUAGAUUCUUUUUCCAAAAAUGUCAUUUGAAAAAUUUACUUUAAAUCUUUACUUCUAAGAUACGUUUAAUUAAAAAACAAAAACUAUUAUUUUCUAUUAAGUAGACUUGUGUAUAACUAUCUCUUUUGUUCAGUUUGUUUUUAUUUUUAUGAAACUGUUAAUACAUUUACACUUUGUCCCGAGAUAUUCGCAACGUUUCAAUGUUUUUGGGCCAAGAAAAUUCGUCAGCCCACCAAAAUUUGCGCUUAAUCUUCCCACAAGUUCCUCCUGCAUCUUGAUUCCUUCAUUAAAAUGUUUUGUUAAAUUGGAUAUUCAUGCCCGUUCGCUCGACUUUUAGAUCGCCUCGCGCGUAGCGACGUAGCAUGUUACCGUUCCGACGGAGAAAAGAUAGAGACGAGGACGAAAAUAGAAUAUCGCUUCUUCUUCUUCAACUAGACACCUACAAACGCAUACGUGAACCAGCAGUGAUAGCGGUGGACCGACUGCACAGGUUUCGAUGGAGUGGGGGCGGAGGAGGAAGUGGCAAAAAGUCCUCUUCCGGCCCCCGCAGCGAGAAGGCUGAACGCCUUCGCGAGCUCACCGAGAAACUGAAAGGACCAGCACCGGUUCCACCACCCAGAAGACCGUCGCGAGUGCAGACUUCUUCUCCUCCUCCAAGCGGAUACCAGCCGUUGUCUCAAAAUUAUCCACAGACGGGUUCGAGUCCAAAUUGUGGCCGUUGCGACACUCGUCCAUCUCAUCGCAGCUACACGUAUAGCGAGGGUAGUCAACAUGGCGGCAACAAUCAACAACUUCAGCAAAGGCAACAGCAGCAGCAGCAGCAGCAGCACCAGGAACAUCAACGACAAGAACAUCCGAAAACGAUCAUCCGCAGUGAGAGUGUCAGUGAAGAAUGUCUCAGUGAUCGCACGGGAAACAAUGUGUACCGGAAGCCCUGCCACGACUCGAGGAAAUCUUCGAGACCGGGCAAACUCGAGAGAAACAGUGGUGACGUCAGUGACCUUAGGAGUGAGCCGAACGCCAGUGCGGAGGCGGUGAAACAUUUGAGACAGUACAGUGAUUCCGUGGUGGACAGUGCUACGAGUGUGGACGAUCUGUGCGAUAACCUGAAUGCCGCUUCCGUUGGUGGCAGUGAGGGAGAGGCCCGGGAUGCCAUCACCAGGCUGGAACCGCGUGGGUUGCUCGGUUUUCACAGGGUCAGCGCGCCCUACAGAAGUGCCUCCUUCGGCCAGGUGGACUUUAAUCAAGAUGCAGAUUUUACUUUCAGCGCAAACUCGCACUUUCCACUUGCAGCGAAUCGACAGAAAACCCAGCCGAUUGCGACAUCCAAUCGUUCCGAGACCAAAGACGUGCGAGCGAGUACGUUGCCUCGUCGUCGUGGUGACGUUACUCCAGGUGGUUCAACACCUCAGAACAGUCCGAAUCGGCAGAGUCCGAGGACUUCGACGCCCAGCGUCGAUAGCGCCGUUGGUUCUGCCGAGGGUCUGGGUGUUCCUCAACAGGGAAAUCUCGAGGAGAUCCGACCGAGAAGCGAUGGCUCAGACAGUCUGGCAACUUCCAGCGCACUCACCAGCCCGGAACCUUUGGUUCCGGAGAUGAACGAGCCCAGGGUCGAUCUGGCACAAACAGACGCGCCCACCGUCGAGGUGGUUAGUCACGAGACGGUUUAUCCGAUGGUGGAAGGCGCGGAGGAAACCAUUCAGAAAGAGAGCAGGAUAGAGCCGCACGAGGUAAUCAUCACACCACCCCCGGAGGAACCGCGUCUGAGUCAAGCGAGCGAGGGCAGCGAGGCACCGAGCGAGACACCCUCGGAGGCGUCCUCGCCGUCCGGCAAAGCGAGACGUAAUCGGGGCGACACCAGCAAGAGGAGGAAGGGCGUGUACAUAACUCAAUGGCCGGAGCCCUUGGACGCGGACAGGAACAAGCUGUCGGCUCAGAGCAGCGAGGAGAGAGACGAGCCACCUGCGACGCCCAGCGACCUGUCGGACUGCGAGGGCCACACGCCUCGAAGAUACAGCAAGAGGCCUCUUCGCGGACCGUACGGACAGAUGCUGGAGGCCGAAAUGGCAAAGCCACGCACCACCGACAUAGCACUCGAGGAAGGUCUUCGUCCUCGCAGAAAGAUCUCGGCGAAUCUCUCGUAUAAUGCGGGCAGCAACAACAACGGCUCCGAGCCGCCCACGCCUUGCCACCAUCGGACGACCUCGAGCCCGACCAAACUCGAGGAACUUCCGGGGCCGAGUCCCGAGUUGCUCGCGGAGCUGCUGAGAGGCUCCUCGGAGAGGGUGGCUCGCGCACCGGCGCAUCGAAACGAUACGAGGACCCACGUGGUGGUGGAGCUUUACGACACGGAACGUUCCUACGUGGAGGCGCUACAGAUACUAGUCAAUAAAUACCUGCAACCCCUAAAGAGUCCCGAGAAUGCCGGUCUGGUGGAUGCCGGAACGGUCGACGAGAUAUUUUAUCAGAUCCCCGCGCUUCUCAGCCAUCAUGAGGUAUUCUUGGAGGAGCUGCGUAGGCGACUCGACACCUGGGAACUCAGACAGACGAUCGGCGACGUCUUCCUCGAUGUGUUCACAAAGCCGGUGGUACUGGAAACUUAUACUCUGUUCCUGGACAAUUGGAAGUCUGCAAGGAAGGCGAUAAAAACAACGUGCCAAGCGAAGCCAGCCUUUGCACGAUUUCUCGAGACGAUGGAACGUGAGCACAAAGGCAAGUUGGGGCUGGACCAGUUAUUGAUCAAACCCGUGCAAAAGAUCCCGCGGUACGAACUGCUGAUUCAGAGGUUACUGAAGCAUACAGACCCGACACAUCCCGAUCACGAGCUGCUGCAGGCCGCGCAAAAGGAAGUGCACGAAUUGGUCGUGAAGAUCAAUUGUACGGAAAGGGAAUCGCUCGAGUGGGAACAGCAGCAGACUACGUUGAGGGAGGUCCAAGCUCUCGUCGAAGGUCUCGCUGGCAUUGUAACGAACGACAGAGCUUUCGUUCGACACGAUCUCGUCACCAUAGCGUCGAAUCAAGGCACGCGGAAGGAACGAGCUUUAUUUCUGUUCUCCGAUCUCCUCGUCAUCACAAGCAUAAAGCGUAGAAGCGGCACGAUAAGAAAACCAUCGACCUCGAGCACAUGUCCAAAUAGCCUAGUCGGUCUGCUUGACGCGAACAAGUACAAAAUGUUGAUGCGAAUCCCGCUGGAUGAUCUCGAGGUCAUGAAAGCCAAAGACGAGAAUUUAAGACGAAUGGCGCGUGAAGUGGACCAUCUACGAGAAGACUGUGCAAAACUGACUCAGCUUCAAGAACUCGCUGCUACCCUGCAUGGCGCCAAGCAACAGUUGGAAGAUCUUAUCAAGGAUAUGCUGAAUCAGGCCCAACGACAACUGGCGGAAAGAAACGCAGCGCAUUCGCAGUUAGCUUGCUUGGAACUCACACUCAAUACUCAAACUGGGAUCGAAAAUAUAUCCGUCAUGUUCGCGAAGCCAGACAAGCGCGCGAGUUGGGAGGAGAGCUUCAAUGAAGCCAAACAAAAACUCGCACUUUCAGCCGACAGGAGACCGUGUCCUGAAUUCGUCGGACCUUUACCAAUCAGAAAAACGCGAGCGGGACUUCAGUUUACCUGCGCAGCACCAACAUUGGCGAAUGGACAGGGAUCGAAGGACGUCUGGGUUUGCAACAGCGACGGUUACGUCGGUCAAGUGUGCGUGCUGAGUCUAAGUCCGGAACCGCCGCAAGUUACAUCGUGUAACGGAGUCUGCAACGCUAGGAUACUCUGCGUCGCUGGAAUACCUGCGUGCACACCUGGUUCAAACUCGUGCACAUCAAACAACAGUCCAUUCAUCACAAACAGCAAGAGCGGAAUAAGUAUAUCGGUGCAAGACGUGGAUGCCAGUGGCGGUAACAUUCAAUUAGACAGUAGCUCGAGCUCCGACGAUUCAGACUCGGACGACAUUCCAUGUGCAGAUACGGGCAGCGUGACUCUAAGUGGCGAUGUAUCGAGUAUCGACAACACUAAUACGGAGGAAGAGGUGAAUCAGCCCACAAUGUGGCUAGGAACCGAGGACGGAUGCAUUCACGUGUACAACUGCAACGACAAUAUCCGUAUUAAGAAGAACAAGGUGAAGAUUCAGCAUGGUAGCAGCGUGCACUGCAUCAUAUACUUGGAUAACAAGGUGUUUGUCUCUCUUGCUAAUGGAGACGUUACCGUUUACGCUCGGGACCACGCCGGUGGAUGGAACACUCCGGAUCCAACGACGGUAUCUGUUGGAACGGUAGCAUCACCGGUGACUAAAAUGCUGUCCGUUUCUGGAAAGCUCUGGUGUGGCUGCCACAACAGCGUAAAAGUUCUCAACACUCACACGUUGGAUAUCGAGCACACUUUCAUCGUGAGCAGUGACGUGAGCCGCGCCGUUUCCUGUAUGGCAAAUUCCGGGGGUUUAGGUGUUUGGAUCUCAUUACACAAUAGCGCUGUGUUGAGGCUCUUCCACUCCGGUAACUACGAGUGCCUGACGGAUAUCAAUAUCGCGCCAGCUGUCACCAAGAUGCUUGCCACAGGUUGCGAUGACAUAAUUCGACAGCACAAGGCCGCCUGUCUCAGAGUCACCGCACUGUUGGCUUGCAACGAGUUGCUUUGGAUCGGCACGAGCGCCGGCGUGCUGCUCACCGUGCCAAUUCCCCAUAUAAAGCCAUCUACUCAGAGGAUGUCGCAGCCGCCGAUCGUGACUGGAAUUCCCCACGGGCAUACGGGACACGUGCGGUUUCUCACUUGCGUGGAAACGCCGAAUCCUUCGAAACCAGAUCCUCGUCCAAAAGUGAAUCGUUAUUCGCUAAAGUCGAGUAAAACGCAGCAAAACAACAUUAAUCGCGGAAAACUCUUGGUGAUAUCCGGUGGAGAUGGUUACGAGGAUUUCCGUGGACCUCAAGCGUCUGCCGAAUUGCAGGCCGGUCGCGAGGACUCUACCAAUCACCUGCUGUUGUGGAAAGUGUGAUACGAUCUUAUACGGCCCCAGACUGAUGCAGUAACUACUUUACAUCUAACAAGGGUCGCGGUAAACGAAAGCCGGCAUGAUACGCCGUGGGAAUCGUUGUUGUAUGCGCAGCACGCGGGCGGACGUCACCGCCGUCGUCUGAUCGUGGCCGAUCAGGAUGCCAGCGCGCCAGCGCGCCGAGUUUUCAAGGAACGCGGAAGAGUUCUCUGGCUGAUAUUAGCCGAGUGGAUCAAGAGCAAAAUGCGGGAGCUACACUAUUCUCAGGAUGUAAAGAAAUAUCGGCCACAGUUCGCGCGAGAGUCCGACCGAUCGAGGACAAUCCCGGACUUGUCUUUAUCGUCGAUGUGCGAUCUUUGAACGGAUCACCAUUGUCUGUUCGUAUCACAAAUCACAAUCGCGCUAGAUUGGUGCGACAUGAUUUAUCAACGACAAAUGCUCGAUUAUCAAGCUACGUAUCUGAUAUUAAGAUUGAUCCGUUUAUCCCAAAUGAGAAAUUAAAAACAAUUGGGUCAACAUAUUAGAUUAGCAAAUUAGUAAAUAAUAAAAUAAUAUAUCCUAGUUUAUUUUUAGUUCAUUUCGAAUUGGGCACGUGUCUUUGGUAAAUUGUCACAAUAUCGUACGGAAAGAUUGUGGAAUUUUGUAUUCAAUGUAAUUUUCAAUGUCGAUAUAUAUUCAUAUUCAUUGUACACGCGAGGACAUGGUCUCAGAAUUGAGUCACGUGUUGAGCUAAACUUCUAAAUGACACAAAGGUAUAAAAGGCGUUUCGAAAUGCGUUUGUCAUUUUAUUUUUAAAGCGUAACGAUACCUCUUUUGACGUUUGUGUCAUUUGGAUUUGGUUCGCGCACGCGAAUCCUUUUUUCUUCUUUUAGUUGUUCUUUCUUACCUUGUAUAUUUAAAAUGGGGAUGAGUGUGCGAGACUAAACUUUCGAGAUAAAAUCUUCGCAAGAAGAGUACUGCGCGGAAAAAAUUGUUUAGAAAACUGAAUGUGCUAAUUGAGAGAAACGGACUCUGUCUUGAGCUGAAUCAUGGCUAAGCAUACUACCGUUCCCGAAAAAUUGAUGGUAGUGAAAUGUGAUGGUACUUGACGAAGUGUUGAAUCGAGCUUAUAUAUGUGUACAUGUAUCAAAAUACUGGCCUAAAUCAAUUAGCGGAUAUAAAGAUCUAUAUUUCUUACGACUAUUAAAGUGCCAAAAAAGAAAAAAAAAA